UGUGUGAGUGUGCACUGCAUCCCCUCCCCCCCCAAAAAACGCCAGGGCCAGAACCCUGUCCCUGCGACAACGCGGCGUGCCCGUCGAACCCGCUUCCGGCCAACCCGCUGUCUUUCUUUUUACUUUUUUCCCUUUUGGUAGGUGAGAUGCCGCAGUGCCCCGUCAAUCAGUCGCCAACUAUGGAGUAUUCCGUACUCCAUACCUUAACUAACUAAUUAAUUACUAAAGUGAUGUACGAACGACGGGCGGGAAGGGGAAGGGAAGGGCAGGGAAGUUUUGGGAAAAAAAAAAGGCUGGAAUGUGGAAAUAUGAGCGGGAGAUCGAUGCUGGCCCGACCGGCACCGUCGCUCUCCCUUCCUUAGUUGGUUAGUACAUGAGUGAAAUAAAUAAGAUAAAAUGGUUCCCUUUUUCGUUCUAAGAAUGUACUUCGUACUUAGUGGGGCUCUGCUUUUUGCUGCUGUCUCGCUCGCAAAAUCGGCAGCAGGAAGAAGAUCAAGAAGGGAAGGGAGAGAGAAAGUUACGAACAUGUGUGCUGCUGCUGCUGCUGCGCCUCCACAGCUCCCGGCAUGACGUGGUACUUGUCCUACAGGGUUGUAAGUAGUGUGCUUCGAUGACUGGUUCUGAGAUGUCUCUCGAGUCUAGAGAAUUUGUCUUGACCCGCUUGCUGGUGUCUGUCUUUGUCUUUGUCUU